ACUAUCAAGGGCAAAGCAAAGAUAAUUGAAAGAGGAAGAGGUCAGAAAAAUAAACAAACAUGUUCUGAAAAUAAAACUGUUCUACCAGUAAAUAAACAAACUAAUGAUAAACUUCUAAACAAACAAAAAAGUGUACACAUGGCCGUUCAGACAAACACUAGAACUAUAAAUUCAUCAUCUGAAACUGUUGAUCGGACACCCUUUCAGUCAGACACUGAUUUAUGUCAAGGGCACCCUUUAGGUGAAUCUAUACUGUGGACGUCGCAUGCCGAAGGUAAUAAUUUUUUAUUCAAAAAACAAACAUCUCAUUUGAUACAUGUUAAACAGGUCCCUCUACCAAUAAUAGAUCAAGGCCAACAGGUAAUACUCAACCCCCAUGUCGUGCCCUUUGAGAUAACAUGCCAGGUGAGCCUUUUAUACUUUCUAAACAAAAGAAUUGCCGGUAUUGCAAUGCUGUUAAAUUUCAAUAUGAAUCAACCAAAUUUUGCUGUUCAG